GACAUAUUUAUAUAUUUGUCAGUGCAUAAAAUAGUUGAUAAAUCUUUAUGCUUAUGUUUUUGUUUAUAAAAAUUCAUUUAAUUUCAACAAUUAAAAACAUUUUUAUUAUACAAUUUUAUAUAAAAUAAAUUAUUAAUGAAAUAAUUGGUUCAUAUUUUAAUGAGAAAAAUGAAAUUAAAAUAAAAUAUACUAUGAAUUAUGAUGAAUUGGCAUCUUGUGUUUUUGUUUAUUUGAACGAGGUAUCUUGUGUUUGUCUUCUCUAUGCAUAUAAUGACAUAAAGAGUAUGAGUAACACCAGAAAAAUUGAGAAGACACACACAGACACAAGCAAAGAAACACAGAUAGCAAAAAUGUCUAGUUUUUUGAAAUUGUUAGAGCAGCAAGCACCUUCUUUGUUCUUGUUGAAUCCCUUAUCUCUCUCUUUCCUUUCCAUGUUCUUCUUGUUCCUCCUCUUUAUCAAAUGGCUCACCAAUAGUGCAAAUAGCAACAAAAAUCGACCACCCUCACCACCGAAGCUCCCAAUUAUAGGAAACUUCCAUCAAAUCGGCUUGUUUGCACACCGCUCACUCCGAUCCUUAGCUGAAAAACACGGUCCAAUUAUGCUGCUUCACCUGGGCAGUAAACCAACACUAGUGAUUUCAUCCGCUGAUGCAGCUUCUGAGAUCAUGAAAAACCAUGAUCUCAGCAUCGCAAACAGGCCCAAAUCAAAAAUCUUGAAGAGACUUACGUACGACUACAAGGAUGUUUCAGUGGCUCCUUAUGGUGAGUUUUGGAGGCAGAUGAAGAGCAUUUUUGUGCUCCAGCUUCUGAGUAACAGAAGAGUUCAGUAUUUCCACAAUCUAAGAACAGAAGAAAUAUCCCUCGUGAUGAACAAGAUCAAAGAGUCUUCUUCUUUGUCAUUGCCAGUGAAUUUAAGCGAAAUGUUUACAUCACUUACGAAUGAUGUGAUAAGCAUGGCAGCUUUUGGGAGGAAGUACGGCGAUGGCGAAAGUGGUAAGAAGAUGAAGCAGCUGUUGAAGGAUUAUUUAGGGCUAUUAAGUCGUUUUGACAUUGGGAGCUUAUUUCCAUGGCUGGGUUGGAUUGUUAGCCGAGUCAAUGGAUUGGAUGCUGAAGUAGAGAGGGUAGCCAUAGAGCUUGAUGAUUUCCUUGAGGGUGUACUUGUAGAGCGAAUGAAUUGCUUGGAAAAAGAGAUCUCUAGUAAUGAAGGCAAGGAGGAUUUUCUUGAUACUUUGCUUAGGAUAUAUAAGGAUAGUAGUGCUGGUAUUUCUAUUGAUAAAGAUAGCAUUAAAGCUGUCAUUUUGACUACCUUUGCAGCUGGAACUGAUACAACGUCAACAUUUCUAGAGUGGGCAAUGACAGGAUUGUUACGGUACCCUAGAGUCAUGAAGAAAGCGCAAAACGAGGUGAGAGAAGUUGUUAGAGGAAAACAUGACAUAACAGAUGAUGAUUUGGAGAAAAUGCACUACUUGAGAGCCGUGAUUAAGGAAGUUUUCCGCUUUCAUCCCCCAAUUCCAUUACUUGGGCCAAGAGAAGCAAGGCAAGAUAUCAAAGUGAUGGGCUAUGAUGUUGCUGCUGGAACAAUGGUUAUGACUAAUGCUUGGGCGAUUGGGAGAGACCCUGCUGUGUGGGAUGAGCCAGAGGAGUUUAGGCCAGAGAGGUUCUUAAAUUCUGCUAUUGAUUACAAAGGGAUGGACUUCCAAUUGAUUCCAUUUGGUGCUGGAAGGAGGGGUUGCCCAGGAAUCUCUUUUGCAAUGGCCGUGAAUGAGCUGGUCUUAGCAAAUCUGCUACACAAGUUUGAUUGGGAGUUGCCUGGUGGAGCCAAAGCUGAGGAUUUGGACAUGACUGAAUGCCCUGGUGUCACAAUCCACAGAGGAAUUCCUCUUCUUGCUGUUGCAAUUCCAUGGUCAAGCUAGAUAGUAAAAAAUAAAAAUUAAUCUACCAAAAACAAGGCAAUGUUUAGCCUUGUGAUCUCCCUACUUUUCUAAGCUUUUAGAUAAGGUUUUUUUUCCCCUUUGCUAAGCUUUUGAACAAAGAGAAUGUUUUUUAUGGGGUACGAAAAUUAAAGGGCGAAAAUUGGAGGCUGUAAAAUUGGAGACCUUGGGCGACCGACUGAUCGGCCUAAAGCAAGGGUCACCUCCAUAUAUUCUAGGGGAAAUGCAAAUUAAGUGGAGUUUUCAAAAAUAAUUACGUACCAAUGAAAAGUUCAUGUCUUUAAUAAUUAAA